GCCGUUCCAUGGAGACAAGCGAAGCCUCAGUGGUCGCUAUGCAAAAAGUAGGCACUUUAAGACCAGAAGUUGGCGAAAUUAUCAACUGUUUUAUGUAACCUAAUUCAUGCGAAAUUCUAGCAUGCUUUGAAAUGCCUCGAAAUUAGUUAUAUGAAGCACAUGUGUAAUUCAAAGUGCAUCGUAUAUAGUUAGCGUAGCAAGCUAACGCUACUCUCUCUAAACAGUUACAGUUAGACAGGCAGUAUUAGAAAAAGCGUCGGUUUAAAGAUGUGGAAGCAGGGCGGUCGAAGCUCCGCUCUGGACCGAGCUCAAGCCCUGCUGUCCGCUAAGAGGAGCGGCGGAGGGGCCGUGGGGUCUGCGGGGUCGCUACACUCAGAUGCUGUGGGUGGAUCGGUUAAAGCCAGAUCCUCUUCCCCCCACACACACGCUUUAUUGUCGGAUGUCAGCGACCUGUCCUCGGUGAGCUCGGCUCCUGAGCCUGGGGUUGACACCCUGCUGGGCUCUGCUGCUGCAUCACAGGGAGAGGGUCCUCCUACCCAGGAUCUCAGACCUCAGAUUCCUGUGGGUGGAGGAGGGAGCAGGUUCUUGAAGAAGGCUCCUCCACCUGCCAUCCACAGCAGCCAGUCUCCUGUCCGCAGUCGCCAUAUGCAGCAGGUGCCUGAACACAGGAGUGUGUCAUCUUCUCAGCACGGCUCCCAGGCUGCUGCUUUGAGUAAACUGGCUCAAAUUGAGAGCCGCGUCCGCAGCCGCAUGCAGGUUCAGGAUCAUGGCCCCGCUGAGAGUGUGACCUCCAACAUGGGAGCAGCGUCUCCGUCCCAGGAGGCCCCUGUGAGACUCUCAGCACAGUCCAGCAGUGAGCAGAGCAAACACUUCCUCAAGAAUACAACAGCUGGAGCUGCUGGCAGUCCUGAUGUUGGUGUGAGGUCCAGAUCUAGAGCUGCUGAGUCUGCAGGUCCUGCAGCAGGUUUGGACAGGAAGCCAGUGAGAGGAGUGAGUCUGGAGAGUGAUGAAGAGGACAUGAGGAAGCUGCUCGGAGAAUCCUUGGAUUCAGAAGACCACAGCUUCCUGACCCCAGUCAGAGCCUCUUCUUUAAGAACUGCAGACAAGUGUGUUACAUCGUCUUUGUGCAUUAAGUGGAUUAACUCCCAAAGUUAAUCUCUAAGCGGUUGACCAAUCACAACAGAGCCG